AGAUGUAGACCUCUUACUCCAGUCCUUGAUGGCAUGGUUUCAUCCACUUAAUCUAUCUGAACUUCCAAUACAUUGAAUUUGCAAUUUGUAGCAUUGUAUACGUUGUUGACUCGUUAUCUGACAGCUUUAGUUUUUAGGAUUAGUAGUUGUGUGCCUUCUUUGAGUGGGGUAUUGAGUUUGAUUAUCGUUCUUUAUUUCUUUGGUGGUCUCAAUGUUUUAAAAAGCAAAAGUGAAGCCAAGGCGUUUCACGGAUAAGCCCGCCUAGGCGAUAGCCUCACAACCUAAAAUUAUUAAUAUAUAGUCUAGUUGAAGGGUAUGUCAUAUAGUCCAGUUGAACUUGGAGGUAUGUCAUAUAGUAUAGUUGAACUUGAACUUGGUGGGUAUGUCAUAUAGGCUAGUUGAACUUGAACUUGGGCAGUUUUUUUUAGGGGAAAAAAAAAGCCCAAUCGAACUCCUUAGGUGCACCUCAACCGCCUAUGCGCACCUCGAUCAUGUCUAGGCGAGCUUAGGCCUACUCAUGUUGGGUAGAGGCAUUUUCAUCACUGGCCCACCUCCAAAGCCGCCUACGCGCACCUCAAGGCUCGUUUUUUAAAAUAUUGGUUGGUUUGUAUUGUGGUUACAUCUAUAUGAUUGUCUCUCUUUUCCUAUGGGUUUAACUUAUUUCUACAUGAGAAAGGUGUAAGCUUGAUACAUAUUGUUGGCCUAUUAUUUGAAAACUUAAGAGGUCAUUUGAUAACUAUUUCGUUUUCAAUUUUUAGUUUUUAGUUUUCACUUUUUUGAAAACUACAAACUGAAAUCUUAUAUCAAUUUCAAUUUUCAUCUUAUAGAAAACUGAAAACUGAAAGUGGUUACCAAAAAAGAUAUUAGGUUUUUAAAACAAAAUGGCUAUCAAAUAACCUCUAAGCUUUGACGAGACUAGUGGUUGUGAGUCUUUUUUGAAUGGUGUUGAGUUUGAUUCUUCUUUCCUACUUAUUUGUUGGUUUGCACGGUGCAAUAGUGGGCUAAAAAGCCUAAACCUACAUGUUUGUUUCUCUUUCUUAUUGGUCUGCAUCUACAUGCCAAGUGCGGGAGCGAAUCUAUUUUUACAACUGGAACCGAGUGAAGCUUAGAUAUUGUGAUGGAGCUUCAUUUGCUGGAGAUGCAGUAGUUAAUAACGGGACAUCGUUGCUCUAUUUCAGAGGGCAAAAGAUUUGGGAAGCAAUCAUCCUUGAUCUUCUGCCGAAAGGUUUACGACAAGCACGUAAGGCUUUGCUAUCAGGUUGUUCUGCUGGGGGUUUAGCAUCGUUUUUGCACUGUAACAGCUUCACUAACUACUUACCAAGCAAUACCAGUGUGAAAUGCUUGAGUGACGCCGGAUUCUUUCUCGAUGAACGAGAUAUAAAUUUGAACCACACCAUGAGGUAUUUCGUAAAAGAUCUUGUGACUCUACAGGGAGUAGAGAAGAAUCUGGACGAGAACUGCACGAAGAAUUCCAUUUAUCCGGAGCUGUGUUUCUUCCCACAGUAUGCAUUGAAGUUCAUCACAACACCUUUCUUCAUAUUGAACUCCGCCUAUGAUGUUUACCAGUUCCAUCACAUAUUGGUGCCGGCCUCAGCAGAUCCACACGGACAUUGGAGCCGUUGCAAAUUGAAUCCGGCAGCAUGCAACCCUGAACAGUUAAAUACAUUGCAAGAAUACAGGCGCGAUAUGAUCGUUGCGAUGGGAUUGUUCUACAAAUAUUCCAGAAGAGGAGGGAUUUUCCUCAAUUCAUGCUUUGCUCAUUGCCAAAGUGAGUCUCAGGACACAUGGUUUGGUGAUGAUUCUCCAAGGGUGCAUAAUAAGACAAUUGCAGAAGCAGUAGGUGACUGGUACUUCGGCAGAAGAGUAACAAAGGAAAUUGACUGUCCAUAUCCUUGUGACACUACCUGCCAUAACCUCAUCCCAUCAGCUCAGGUAUUAAGAGUCUUGUGUGAUUUUCGGGGAGGAAUUGUAGAGAGAUUCUUAUAUACAAUUGGGAUAUAUCUCUUGUUAGUAUCUUUCUUCGCGUGAUUGGAAAGAUACUGACGUGUAUAUUGCACCCAAGACUUUUCCGUAUUUUUUUCUUUUCGUUAAUUCCAUUGAACUGACCUUAAAAAAAAUUA